AUGUCCGGCCUUUUAUCUUUGCAAUCAUCGAUUGCCUGUUUCUUUUUCAUAGUCGCCGCCUUCCUAGGCUUUUCCAACGAGAGCCCUUUCUUAAGAGUUCGAGAUUGUCUCACCGCACAGCACCAACGUCACAAUAAUACUGGGACAUCGCCUUAUUAUCCCAGCUGGAACACAUGGUUCGAUCCCUCUCGCUGGGUCUCUGAUAAAGAUUCACCGAUUCCUGAAAGCGAUGGUUGGAGCCUCUACUACCGCUUAGGCGGUUAUGGCCCAUGGAUUGAGAAACUUGAUGGUCCUGCACAGGGUCUUGAACAGCCUGCCGGGUGCCAUGUCGACCAGGUCCAUAUGAUGGCACGCCAUGGAGAGAGAUACCCAACAAAGUCUGCCGGAAGGCGCCAUCUUGCUCUACUCAACCGGAUCAAAGACGCGAACUUGAUCAUCAACGGCUCGUUAUCUUUUCUUAAUGACUGGGAGUACUUCACCAGUAACCCCGAGACAGACUUCGACCAAUUAACCAGGACGGGUCCAUACUCAGGAACCCUCGGUGCCUUCACAACUGGAGCUCGUCUGUCAACGCGGUAUCAACAUCUCCUUCCGCGGGACUCCAAGAUCCGGUUCUGGGCCAGCGAUUGCCAGCGCGUUAUCGAGACAGCCAAGUAUUUCGCAUACGGCCUGCUCGGCCUGGACUGGGAGAGGGAUGGGAAGGCUGAGCUAGAGGUUAUCCCAGAAACAUUUGAUCGACGAGCCGAUACACUGACGCCGGGUGAUACCUGCCUGAGAUAUCUCGAGGACACCGAAGACGGACACGACAAGGGCGCCAACAUGCUCGCGCGUUUUCAAAAGGCGUAUGCCCCGGCCAUAGCGGAGCGCUUAAUAUCUGAACAGGGGAACCAGGGUCUUGGUUCGUUGACGCCUGUUGACGUCUUCAGCAUGCAGGAGAUGUGCGGCUUUGAAACACUCGUACGAGGCUCAAGUCCCUGGUGUGAUGUUUUCACACGCGAUGACUGGGACAACUUUGAAUAUGCCCGAGAUCUAGUGCACUACUACAGGGGUGGUCCCGGAAAUCCUUAUUCUGGCGCCAUGGGGUGGCUUUGGUUAAAUGCUACGACUGAUCUUCUACAGUUGGGACCGGCGGCUGGUCCUUUAUUUUUCAGCUUUGUCCACGACGGAGAUAUUUCUCCUUUCCUAGAUGCAUUGGAUAUCAUGAAAGAUCCGAAAUAUGACCAGGAUCUCCCUACCACACACAGGGCAACGGAUCGCAUCUGGCGCACCUCACCGGUGCUGCCGAUGGGCGGUCGCAUUAUCCUAGAACGUAUGACUUGCUCGACGACAGAGGGUGAUGGCACGGGUGGCAAGAGUGGUGUUUUUAUCCGGGUCAACAUAAAUGAUGAUAUAGUGCCUCUGCCGCAUUGUAAGUCUGGGCCAGGGUUUUCUUGCCCUCUGGACGAGUUCAAUGCACAUGUGCAACGUCGCAAGCUUGAAGUUGGGGAUUUUGGGAAAGUGUGUGGUCUUGAUGGGGAUGCUGGGCGAAUAACAUUUUUGCAUCAGGAUUAG